AAUGUCAGUGCUUACGCUUGAAUUGCUCACGGACUAUAUUUUGCAGUUUUCCGAUUUUUGUAAAUAUUAUUUUUAGGAGCGAAAACGCAUUAUUGCGGAUUUGGAAGAACGUCAACGGCAAUUGGAACGAGAACAAGCCGCUCAAAGAGAAGUCGCAGAGACAAUAGCAAAGAUGGAAAGCAAAUUGUUGGGUGGUACGGAUCUUCUGGAUCAUACCAAGCAGCAAGAAGUUGAGCUAGCUAAUCGGAGGCGAGAACUGGCUGAGCAAAAGAAACGCGAACGAGAGAUUUUGCAACAGUUGGAGCGGCAAGAAGACGACACUGCUGAGAUACAUCAGACCUACUCCAGUCUACAGCAAGAAGUUGAAGCAAAAACAAGAAAACUUCGAAAAUUGCACCUUAAGCUGCAGAAGGUGCUCAAACUUAAAUAG